UAACAUUAUUCCAGUGUGCGGGACUGUCCCGUCUACGGUCCAGUGACAGUCCCGUUGCCAUGACGACUGUAUACAACUGUCUGCACUUGUAGCGUGGCGUUACCAUGUUGGCAACAGCGUGUAAAUCCGCCCGCGCAGUGUCAGCAAGCCUCGUCCUUUAGAACUGGACCGUUAGCUGAGCUGCUGUUAGCCGGCGGUCACGGGUCGAAGGAGCUCUAUUAUUAACCUAGAAGCUCCUUUGUGAGCCGCAGCGUGUUACGACACAGACGUAUCUCCACUUCCUAAUACACCGGCAGGUCUUUGAGCCAUUGUUGAAAAGCUGGAACGACUGCAUGCUGUCACAAACCAAUCAGUGAAUUCACAGAGGAAAUCAAGCUACUUUGAAAAGAAAGCACACCCCAGUUAAGUAUUGCAUUUGAACUAUUUCUCUUUUUAAAAUGCCCAGAAGAACAACUGUUGCCCGGGAUGCUUGAUAAUAUGUCAAUUUCAUAAUGAUUCAUGACUGAAAAUAGUUUCAUUUAAACCUAGCACAUACAUAAAUUGACCAUCGACCAAGUAUGAUGUUGUAUGACGACCAUCAACAAAGUACGAGGUCACAAUUGAGAACAAGUCACCUCAAAGGGAAGAUGGAGGAUUAUAUUGUUUCUACUUUUUCUUCAGACACGGAGGCCAAAGUAUUCAGAAGACUUGCCGAAAGCUUGGCCACGCUGUGCAGCCUGCUUUCUCUCCGUUUUACGCCAUGAAUUGGUUUACAUUUCCAGCCGACAACCUGCUGUGCCGGUGUCUCGGCAUCUCCAUCACUUGUCUCCACGCAUGGUUGACUGUUCUGUUUGUCUUCGUAAUCAUGCCUACUGUACUUGGAGUCUCUUUUGGUAUUCGGAGACUCUACAUGAGGACCCUUCUCAAGAUCUUUGAGUGGGCAACCUCACGAAUGGAGAAGGAAGCAAAGGAGAAGAAUCAGCAACUCUAUAAACCAUGUAGCAAUGGAAUCAUAGCCAAAGAGCAGGCAUCGUCGCUGCAGCAGGAGAUCCAGGAGCUCAGAGGCUCUCCCAGCAGUCUGCCCUCAGAGCCAGAGUUUGAGAUGACAGACAUCUUCUACUUCUGCCGGACAGGCGUGGAGAGCAUCUUGGACGACGAGGUGACCAAGCGCUUUUCGGCCCAGGAACUGGAGGGCUGGAACUUGCUGACUCGAAGUAACUACAACUUCCGUCAUAUUAGCAUGAGACUUACUGUCCUGUGGGGCCUGGGAGUCCUCAUCCGCUACGGCGUCCUGCUGCCUCUCAGGGUUACUCUGGCAGUCGCUGGCAUUAUUCUGCUUCUUGUCUUGACUACUUUGGUUGGCUUUCUACCAAAUAAAGAGUUAAGGUUCUACCUGAGUGAGAAGGUUCAUCUGAUAUGUUACCGCAUCUGUGUGAAAGCUCUCACAGCAAUCAUCACCUAUCAUAACAGAGAGAACAAACCAAAGACUGGUGGUAUCUGUGUGUCUAAUCACACAACCCCCAUUGAUGUAAUCAUCUUAGCCAAUGAUGGCUGCUACUCUAUGGUGGGCCAGGUGCACGGAGGGUUGAUGGGAAUGAUCCAGCGAGCGAUGGUCAAAUCCUCUCAUCAUAUCUGGUUUGAAAGAUCAGAAGUUAAAGACAGACACCUAGUGGCCAAAAGGCUAAGCGAUCAUGUUGCAGACAAAACCAAACAGCCCAUCCUGAUCUUCCCUGAGGGUACCUGCAUCAACAACACAUCAGUGAUGAUGUUUAAAAAGGGAAGCUUUGAAAUAGCCUGCACAGUCUAUCCAGUUGCCAUCAAGUACGAUCCUCGCUUCGGGGAUGCUUUCUGGAACAGCAGUAAGUUUGGCUUGGUGAGUUACCUCCUGAGGAUGAUGAGCAGUUGGGCCGUUGUCUGCAGCGUCUGGUACCUGCCGCCUAUGAACAGAGAGGAAGGGGAGGAUGCAGUGCAGUUCGCCAACAGAGUGAAAGCAGCCGUAGCUGCACAAGGAGGAUUAGUGGAUCUCAUUUGGGAUGGAGGUCUGAAACGAGCAAAAGUGAAAGACGCUUUUAAAGAGGAGCAGCAGAAACUUUACAGUGAAGUUCUUGUAGGGGGGCAGGAGGCGGGGGACUGAAGUAACAACACACAUUUGGAGGAUAAAAAUCACCACGAGCAUAAAAGCAAUACAGCUCCGACCAAAAGGACAAUAAGGACAUUGUAUGGCUGUGUCCGGGAUCUUAUAUCUGAAAUCUUGAAUUAUUUUUAUUGUUGUUAAUUAUUAUUAUCAAUGAUAAGAAGUAGAAAUGUGUGUAUUCUUACUGUAACCAUCACGUUAACCAGAUUCUCAGUGAUAAAAUAAUAUAAUGUUUAUAGUUGUAAAAUCUAUAUUUCUUGUUUAGUGUGAAUUUGGGAAAUACUAAAACUACAGCACAGGAAGCCCAAAUCCUUGGGAGUCAGACACAUACAAAUAUGUAUUUUCGUGACCCCAAUUCCCUGCCAUGUGAGCUUAAUGUAUAUCAGAUUAAAACACCGACCUCUGUAUAAAUAAUUCAAAGUUACUUCAGAGAUUCUUUGCACAGCCAUGGAGACAUCUGCGAGCAUGUUCAGUGCCGGUACUACUGCUGCAUCACUGUCAGACGGUGGCAGUGCCAACACUUGUGCGUCAGAUCGCUAAUUGGCUGAAGGCUCUAUAUGCGUCCUUGGCUUUAAUCUUUUACAUGGAAGCAGGCAAAAUAAAAUGAAACGUUUGAAGGCCAGUCGCCCACAAAAUGUGUUUUCAUUUUGUUUCCUUUCUUAGCCAGCAGGAGUCAGGGUUUGGACAUCCCUCUCGUGUAUCGUGGCGGGAGUCAGACUUUACAAAGCAGCAGAAUAAAUACACACCUUUUCCUUACCCAACCUCAUCCUGCUCAGGCUUAAGGGAAUGGAGGGUUUAUCCCAGCACUCAUUGGGGUAAACACACGCUGAAACAUCGCUACACCACAGAGUGUUCAAUCCAUCUGAA